UGCACACCCGGGGGCUGUAUUAAAAAGGGAAGGGUCGCUUUUCUGUGCAUUAAUUUGAUCUGUUUUAUGAUGUCUGAUCGCUUUAAGUCGCUUUGAGGUUCAGUGUUACUAUUUGUUAAAACGAGCUCGGCUCGUAUCCAUUAGGUCAAGAUGUCAGCGAGCGCUGUUUAUGUCUUGGAUCUAAAAGGGAAGGUGCUGGUGUGCCGAAACUACCGUGGCGAUGUGGACAUGUCUGAGAUUGAGCACUUCAUGACCCUCCUGAUGGACAAAGAGGAGGAGGGAACACUCUCCCCGAUCCUCGCUCACGGGGGAGUCCGCUUCAUGUGGAUCAAACACAACAACCUCUACUUGGUGGCAACCUCCAAGAAAAAUGCUAGUGUUUCUUUGGUGUUCUCAUUUUUGUACAAAAUUGUUCAAGUUUUCUCAGAGUAUUUCAAAGAACUGGAGGAGGAGAGCAUUAGAGAUAACUUUGUCAUCAUUUAUGAGCUCAUGGAUGAACUGAUGGACUUUGGUUACCCACAAACCACUGAUAGCAAGAUUCUGCAAGAAUACAUAACACAAGAAGGCCACAAGCUAGACACUGGCGCCCCUCGUCCCCCAGCAACAGUAACCAACGCCGUGUCUUGGAGGUCAGAGGGCAUCAAGUACAGGAAGAACGAGGUCUUCCUGGACGUCAUCGAGUCGGUCAACCUCCUGGUUAGUGCCAAUGGUAACGUCCUCCGCAGUGAGAUUGUGGGCUCCAUAAAGAUGCGUGUGUUCCUGUCUGGGAUGCCUGAGCUCCGGCUGGGCCUCAACGACAAAGUGCUGUUUGAAAACACUGGACGAGGGAAGAGUAAGUCCGUGGAGCUGGAGGACGUGAAGUUUCACCAGUGCGUGCGCCUGUCACGUUUUGAGAAUGACCGCACCAUCUCCUUCAUCCCUCCAGACGGGGAGUUCGAGCUCAUGUCCUACCGCCUCAACACGCAUGUGAAGCCGCUGAUCUGGAUCGAGUCUGUCAUUGAGAAGCAUUCCCACAGUCGUAUCGAGUACAUGAUUAAGGCCAAGAGCCAGUUUAAGAGGCGUUCCACUGCCAACAACGUGGAGAUCCACAUUCCAGUGCCAACGGACGCGGACUCACCCAAAUUUAAGACGACCGUGGGCAGCGUCAAGUGGGUGCCCGAGAACAGCGAGAUCGUCUGGUCAAUCAAGUCGUUCCCAGGAGGUAAGGAGUACUUGAUGCGAGCCCACUUUGGCCUGCCCAGUGUUGAAGCUGAGGACAAAGAGGGCAAACCACCAAUCAGUGUCAAGUUUGAAAUACCCUACUUCACCACCUCUGGCAUCCAGGUUCGUUACUUGAAGAUCAUUGAGAAGAGCGGGUACCAGGCCUUACCGUGGGUGCGCUACAUCACUCAAAACGGAGAUUAUCAGCUCCGGACCCAGUAGGCCUUGCUCUACGGCGACAGGUGGAGCUCCAGCAGAAGGGGCGGAGUUUAGUUUGCUAAUUAUCUUUCAAAGGCAGAUUAGCGCUCAACUUUUUUUAUUUUUCUCAAGAUAUUUCCAUUUCUUAUCAAUGCAAGUGUUAAAAAAGGCCUUUGAGUUGGCUGCUGUGCAAAUAUCCACAAGGCCAAGACAAAACUGGAGAAAUGUUUACAUCCAACUUAAAGUUGCACUAUGGAGCCUUUCUGGAGGGUCUGCCACUUGCUCAUCUCCAUGGAGAUGUUACUGCUUUGCCUGAAAUCUUAAAAGAAUGGCUUAAACUUGUUUAUCUCUAUAGAGAGCACAUAAUACCACUGGAUAAAGUUAUAGAUUAGAUCUGUGGAGAGGCGACACAGAAUGCAAGUUUUUCAAUAUUUUUUCAGUAAUAAAUGCACUUGUUAUUGAAUAAAAGUAAGGUACUUCAGUUAAAUGCCAUACUGUGGAACAGUCCAGGCUGAACAGUAACAUCUUCAAGGAGAAAAGCUGGUGUUGGACCCUUGCUUGAAAAGUUACAUAGUGCGCCUUUAACACCAUGAAUUGUACACAAUCAAGGAGAUUAUUGCAAUUCGUCUUGUGAUACUGUAACCUUCAGUUCUCGUCAGUUUAGAUCUACUUUUUUUUUUAAAAAGAAGCUGUUUUGUUCUGGCGCCAUUUCACUAUAAAGUCAAGGAUUAUUAUCUGUAUAUAUUGUUACAUGUAAUAAGUCAGUGUUAUUAGUUACAACAAUGUAUUGAAGAAAAUGCCAAUGGUAUUUGCCAAGCCUCGGAGCGACCGCUGUUCAUUUGAUCCGUGUGAUGCUCAUGUGCUUUGCAGAUUUAAGCUGUAGGGACAAUAUGAGAGGUGUGGUAUGGGUCAACAGUGUGGUGUGUAUAUUCAAAAUGUAUAGUAGUAUUAAUGGUAUUAACAGUAUAAAAGACAAAACAGAUCAGUGACUGAGAGUACUUACUGCUUUUUAGAAAACUAUAUAUAGACUAGACUAUUAUAAGUCAAGGGUAAUCAUCAAGUUAGAGCUGUUGGUGCAUCUGAUCAGUAGUAUUUAGGUCACGCAUAAUUCACAAAGAAGCUUUUUAGGGCUGCAACUACAAUUAUUUUGCACAUUGAUUAAAUCUUUAUUUUUUGUAUCAUAAAAGAUACUCAAAGCCUGCAAAUAUGAAUUUUUACCAAGUUUGCACCACAAAAAGCUAAAACUAACCAAGUAGCACCACUGAUUUUUAUAUUAUUGACUAAGUACAUAGCAUCUUUAAUGGUCUGUGAUCCAGAUAAUGUUUAUUGAUUAGGAAAUUAGCUAUUGAGUAAUUAUUUAGUCAAAAUGAAUCCCGUAUGUUGUUGCAGCCCUAGAGUUUUUCGACAUGACUUGAGCAGUGUUUUUAUUUUUACAUGCUCCCGUUUAUAACAUGGAAAUUGGUCCAAAAUUAACAAAAUUAUAAUUGACAACAUGAGUAUUUUUGUUCUCAUCAGUAUUAUGUUAUAUUACACUCUUGGUUUACACUCCAUUCUCAAAAAUAUACCUCACUGAUCACACCAUAGCAAAAUAGUGUUAAACAACAGCAUUUCUGAGCCUGUUUGUGGCUGUGGAAAGUUACCGUCCUGACCGACCCGUACCAUACCUCUCCAGUGGAAACUUCAGUAAACAACAGUCGCACUUGUUGUAAAUUUCUGUUUUCCAGUCGGACACCUGUUUCCCCUCCCCCUCCCCCCGUCUGUAACCUCACAUUUCAAAUCAUUAAAAGUCUAUUUAGAAACCUUU